AUGUGGCUGCUUUGUCUCUGUGCUUUGGUAGCUCUGGUCGGCUCCUCUGCGGGGCAAUCCUGCACCAUGCCCGCUGCACAGGUGAGUCAUUCAGAACUGUGCACCCCAGCUAGGAUGGACUGCUGCCUUUACCCACUGGUCGGCUGCCUCUCCGUAGGAGGCUUCAACAUGUGCGUCCUCAACAUCACAGCUCUGCCGGGGUACAUACUCAACACUGGUGGGGCUAUCGGAUAACGAUUCAAUUCGUCUGAACUUCAAUUAAAAUUGUAUUUAUAAAUAAUAAAGUUUAAUAAAAC